AGUGCUAAUGAACAUGAACACAUCAUCAAGGAGUACAUUGACUCUGAGCUUGCCCAAGGUUAUUUCAGUGGACCUUUCUCACAAGAAGAACUAGAAUCCAAAAUCAGCCCCUUUCAUUCCUUGCCACUUCAGGUGGCCUUCAAAGAUGGGACACCAGGUGAUCCUCCCAAGUUUGAUGUCUGCCAUAAUCUCUCC